ACAUGUGAACAUCAAUUUCAAAGAGCGCAACAGAGAGAGCAGGAUGGCUCAAAAUUACCAGCUAUGUCUGAUAGUUUUGAUUGUCGUAUUCCUAUCUCAAAGUCCAUGUUUAUCACAGUUCAUACCGGGAACAGACACGCCGGAACAAUUUUUUGUUAUUGAAGGCCUUGGAGAUGGAGGUACUCUAGGAGCUGGUGCAGAGACUGGUAUAGUAGGUAAUACAGGGCCUGAUUUAUCAGCUCUUGCAGCUCUUUUCCCUUUUUUACUACUUGCACCGUUAAUACUUGCGGCAACGGCACCUGCUGCAACAGCAGCGCCAGCACCGGCGGUGCCAGCACCGGCUGCGCCAGCACCAGCUGCACCGGGUCCAUCCGUAACAACGACACUCGCAUCCACUACAACAUGUGUUUUGCAAUGCCCUGCAAUGUACAUGCGGUUAGCCGACACAACGAUUAGUCCUAAUUGUUACCUUGGUAGUGGUAGUUCGGUAAUUUGGCUGGAAGCUCUGGCAAAUUGUCUCCAGACACCAGGUGCCUACCUAUGGAUACCAAACAGUGCAGCUGAAGCCGAUGCGGUUAGAAGUAAAUUAAGUAUAGGCAAUUCAAAUGUGUGGACCGGUGCAAAUGAUAUUGCAACGGAAGGCGUGUUUUCAUUUAUCGUUGAAAAUAGUGGAUUUUCAUUGAAUGCUCCCCCAUUUGGAACAGCCGUCCAGUCAACAACUGCAAAUACUGAUGACUGUGUGACAAUACAAUUUCCGAACACGGCUAAUCCGCAAUAUCGAUGGGAGGACUUAAAUUGUGGAAACAGAUACAUUUACGUUUGCGAAAUUCCACCAACAUGUUCAUAGAGAGUAUGUAUGCUGCCAUCGUAGAACUUCAUGGGAAGAAUAUUGUUGAUACUUGAUACAAUAAAAUUGUAAAAAGUUGACUUAUCUUUUCUAAAAAUAAAAACAGA